AUGUCUUCCUCAAAAAAAGAAUGGACAAUUGACGAAACACACAGACUAAUCUCUGCUUAUGAAAACAAUCCUUGCUUAUGGAAUCCUAAAGAUAUAAAAUAUAAAUAUAAACUAGCUCGGGGAGAAGCUGUUCGCCAAUUAGCUGUGUCAUUCAACACUAGUGAAGGUGAAAUACAAAGAAAAUUACACGGUUUAAGAAACCAACAUGCUGGCGAAACUAUGAAAGAAAAAAUAACUAGAACAGGCCAAGGAGCAGACGAAAUGUACAAAAGUAAAUGGAUAUAUUUCGAAUCGUUGAAAUUUUUAUCUACUGAAGGCAACGUUGGUAGAAAAACUGUAGGCAAUUUAGCUCAGUGUAGUCAACAAAAUCGAGAAGAAAAUAAAGACGAAUAUAAUAUUACAUUAAAUGAUACAUCAACUAGUAAUGAGCCAACUGCAUCAAUGACUUUUGGUACCAAAAGUAAUAAAAAGAAGAAAUUUUCGUCUGAAAAUUUACUGGGAAAAGCUUUUUCGGUUUUGUCCGAAAACGAAGACGAUCUUGACGUGUUUGGAAAAUUUGUAACGUCCGAGUUAAGAGGACUUCAAGCUGAGCAUUUAAAAAAAAAAGCUAAACGUCAAAUCCAAAGAAUUCUGUUGGACAUCGCAGAGGAAGAUGACUCAAAUAUGUCAACCACAAGUUUCAUUCCUGUUCCUUCGACUUCAUUCUCAAGCGUGAGUUCAAAUAGCAGUUACAAUACAAUAUCUACGUAUAAUAACAACCCGGAUUAUAACUAUAUUGUAAACCAAGCUGUAACAGACAUUCCAAACAUGCCAAAUAGUUUUAAUACUGAUAUUUAA